AUGCUGGCGAAGGCGGCAGCUAGUGCUUCCUCAUCUAUGGAAAAGGGUAGUGUGUAUUUGGAUUUUACAGAUAUAAAAUGCAUACAAUAUACAUCAUCGAUACGGAAACUCGAGCAACUGGUUCACGUCUGUAAAGUGUUGCUUAGGAAUUUGUCAAUGAAGAGUAAUGAGAAUCUUAUCCCCUUGUCAAACAUCGUGAUAGCUCUUGGUUCAGGGUUUCAAUUUAAUGUAUCUGCGGCCAUAGAAAAAAGGAUCGAACUACUCUCACAAUUUAGAUCAUGUAAAGCCAAUGCUACAAAUCUGCCAUUGAGCACCACUUCUCUCAAACUAGAGGUUGACCUUGUACCGGUGGAAGAAGACUCUGUCUUGUUCGUCAGUAAAUUCUACAACAAAGAAUUACAAUCGCAAUUACUUACCACGUUACAACGAGUAGCAGAAGAUUCACUUCAGAUAUACCAAGCAAGAAUUAGGCAACUGACCAUGGAAAGGAACUCAAACAGACCUACAGACCUAUCUGGAAGGACAACUAUCUUCAACGAAGAUGCGCUAAACGAUCUUCUUUCACCAAACGAGUUAGCAUUCGGACUUGACUUACUUGUUAAUAUUAGGAAUAGAUCAACCGAUACAAGCAGCUCUGCCUUCUUUGCUUUGGCUUUACCAAUCUUAGAGAAAUUCAGGUCUAACCUCAAUGAUAAGUGCAUACCCCCUAUACGAUCAUAUUACACUAGUAUAAUGAAAUUCAGCCGAACAAAGGGCGUUUUCUCGAAUAAUGUUCUCAUCCAAUUGCCAUACUGGCAGUUUACUUUGCAUAGGAUGUAUGCUGCAUCUCUUAGAGCAAAAUGUCUCAUCGAUGUGAUACGGGCUGUAUUGAGACAAAUUUACAUUCCAAAUAAACAUCACUUCCAUGAUAACACUACCAAAUUGCAUUCAAAGAAUCUACACGAAUAUUCUGAGCUAUUGGAAGAGUUAGAAACGUUUUGCUUCACACAGGAACUUGAAAAAGAUCUUAUAGAGGCCUUUAAGUCAUAUGGAAACCAGAAUACUGUUUAUCAAGUUCAGUUUAACAACAUCUCAUCAGCAUAUCAAAGAUUGUUGUUAAAAUCUACGCAGAUGUUACGGAAAGCUGCUAAACUCGUUGAUUCGUUUAGCACCCAAUGGAAAAGUAUAUCAGAUAACAUGAAAGCCAGCAAAUAUGACGAUAUGAACAUCGAUGAGAUGGCAAAGAUGGCGGAGGAAAAGUUAGCUGUAGAUGAACUAGCAUACAACGAAAAAAUAAAGGAACAAGAAAGACAAAGGGAGGAAAAAAAGAAUUCCAGUCUUUCACAAAAAAACACAUCAUCUUCAUCUUCCAUAACUUCAAAUUCUUCCUCAUUAAACGUUUCUCCAAAUAUUUUAUCGCCUUUAAGACUGAGCCGGACAUCUUCAGUUUCGCGGUCAGAAGAAUCAAGGUCCCCAUCAUCACCAAUACCUUUCACUGAUGCGAAGUCUAAUAUAUCGGCUAAAAAGACCAGAUCAGUCAGAACAAGAAACAGAUCGUCAUCAUUGCAAUCAGUAUCAAGUCUUGAAGAUACUUCCACUGCUCGGAAUGGUAUGAGAUCCAAUUCUCUUCAAUCAGGUUCUCUGAAUACACAAAGAAUUGUACAGAAUGCAUAUUCAAAAGCAUUACUCUCGUUAAAUGAGAAAAGAGGCCCAAGACUAACACCAACAAAGCUGAAUAAUUCUAUAAGAUCAAAAUCACCUUCUCCAACUGUGUCACGGCAGAAUUCCGUAAAACAGAGGAACAAAGUGAACAUAUUGAAGCUAAAUGAAGUAGACGAAGAUGACAUCAAUGAGAAAUUCCACGAUCUGAAGCUGGACGAUGAUACUCUAAUCGUCUCUCAGGAAGUGUUAUCUCCAGAAGGUAGUGAAACUCCUAAGAUCAUAGUUUCUGUUGCCGAUGACAAUCAGUCGUCUUCAAACAACGACAGCGAAGUUGAAGGUAUUGUGAAAAAGGUGAGAUUUAUAGGGGUUCCGCCUAUGUCACAAGAUGAAAACCCUGAGCCUAAAAGACGCGGAUGGUACAAGAAGCCUGCCGUGUUGCAUUAUCCACCUCCACCUGCACAGCACUCACUUCAAAAAUUCAGAACAACUCAAGAGGGUCUUGCAUUUCGCACAAGUUUGAUCUCCAGAGACCAAGGUUCUGAUAAAAAGUUCGGUUUUGACAGCAUGUACUCAUCAGGUCAAGGGGCGGAUACUAAAAUAGUGGGUAAAAUCAAGGAUAAACUGUUUAAAUAG